AUGAGCAACAGUAAUUUUAGCAAUUUAACGAAUACCAGUUCCUUUUCAUUCCUUUAUGCCCUCUCUCCAGCACCCAACUGGACCAUAAUAAUUGGUCUGAAAGCAUUCAUCGGCGUGGCAUCGUUCAUUCUGAACGGAGCAAUCUUACUCCUGCAUAUUCUGCGUCCAACACUAAUCAACCCCUUCACCAUUUAUCUGCUGUUCUUAUUCACCGCCAAUGUAUGCUUCCUGAUGAUCAUCGCCCCGUUAGGAACCAUCAGCAACCUGUACGGAGGGGAAUGGUUCUGGGGUCAUCCGGUGUGCGUCUUCUACAUCUACGCACAACGCAUUGUGACCGUCAUCCAUGUCAUGUCCCAUCUCCUCAUCUCAUUCAAUCGUCUGUGGGCCGUCACGUAUCCCAUUUCGUAUCGCGAACGCCACACGAAGCGAACCGCUGUUUUGAUCUAUCUCGGUAUGCUCGGCUACGUGCACAUUAUUUCGUUGCCGCCGUUCCUUGUGGAGACAAUCCGCUAUCAGCGCUCCGAUGCCGACAAAGGGUGCCAUCAUAUUGCCAUGCCGGCUUGGAGCAGAGCGCAGACGAUUAUACACCGACUGAUGCCGCUUUCCUUGGUCAUCAGUAUUUACGUUUUUUUGAUCGUUAAGCGCUGGCAGAAGAAGCGUCGGAGUGCUGUGUGUGUGGGUGCGGUGGAAGAACUACCGGUUGCGUCGGGCAACACAACAGGUACAGUUGGACAAACAAACACCGGCAAACACGAAGAAAGCCGAAUGACCUCAUCUGGAAAGCCGAUUGGAAGUGGUGGUCAACGACAGGUGCGACCGUUUGUUAUUCUGACGAUCACCACGAUCAGCGUAGUGACCUGUUGGCUACCGGAAGACGUGUUCUGGAUUGCUGUGGUAUUCUGCAAUGUUUGGUUCUCCAGCGCUGUCUUUCAGUUUACUGAGAUCCUGUAUUUUUUGCAAAUGGUUUUUGAUCCUCUGAUGUGGAUUGCUAGUUUACGCCGGACCAAAGCAUAG